AACCGUUGAGCAAGCAAGCCGGCAAGCAGGCAAGCAAGCGCACGGCAACACGUUUGAUGUGCUGUUGAGUGGUUAACCCAGUCUCCCCUUCCCCCCGCCCCACACCCACUAUAAAGUUAAAGUUGGUUCAACUAUUAAGAAAUUUGGCACCCAUUUCCCCCCUUUCUCUCCCUUUUUCAUCAUCAUCAUCAUCUUCUUCUUCUUCGCAUACAUAUCUUGAGAAAACCAGAGUUCUAUGAGAGGGAAAUGAGAAAGGGGCUGCCCCCAACAAGGUUUUUCUUCCAACAAUUCAGCAUAUAGCUGAGGAAGAAGCUCCCAAGUUGAAAGAGAGACAACCCUUGUCUCUGCUUUUUUUCUUUUUUUCCCCUUUUGGUUCUUGUUUACAGCUUUUUGGAAGGGCGACUUUCGAAGAUCUCUCACAGGAAUCAUUCUAGGGUGAGAAAUUGAUGCAGGGAAGAUGGGAAAGCAAGGGAGUUGGUUUUCUAUUAUAAAGAGGUUUUUCACUUGUCAUUCAGGAGAGCAGGAUCGUGAGAAUAAUAGCAGCAAUGAAAGGAAGGGAGAUGGGAAAGGAGGGUCCAGUUCCUUCAUUCCUAUCUUUAGAAAGCCAAGCAGUAUUGAGAAAAUCUUUAGCGAAUAUGAGAGGGACCAACAAAGAGUAGCAUUCCAGCCUCCUAUUCCUGAACCUCCAUCUACUACACCACCCUCUAUACCUCCUCCUCAAUCAGCUUCCCCGCAGGCUUCUUCUCCAUCUCGAGCUUGUUCAUCAACCGUCGUCAAUCAUCACGAGGAAGUCAGCAACAUUCCAACAGUCGUCCAUCAUCACGAGGAAGUCAGCCAAAUCCCAACAGCCGUCAGUCAUCACGAGGCUGUCAGCUACAUUCCAGAACCAACCGGGACGAGCCAUCUCUCUUCGGCUAUUAAGAUCCAAGCAGCCUACAGAGGUUAUCUGGCAAGGAAAAGCUUAAGAGCGUUGAAGGGUCAAGAGCGACUUCUAGGCGUUGUACGAGGGAAUAACGUGAGGCGACAGACACUGAAUGCAAAGAAACAGAUGCAACUAUUGGUUCGGGUGCAAUCUCAGAUACAAUCACGACGGAUCGAAAUGCUUGAUACCCAGAGGCAACCCCAGGAUCAUCCCAAUGAUAAAGACGUUCACAGUACCUUCGAUGCGUCUGAGGGAGGUAAUCAUGAUGGUUGGGAUGAAAGCUCGAUAACAAAGGAGGAAAAAGACGCUCGAUUGCAGAGGAAGGUCGAAGCGGCCAUUAAACGAGAACGAGCGAGGGCAUAUGCAUACUCCCAAUUCCACCAGAGAACCACUCCAAGGUUGGGGCAGGAUGCUCAAAUGGAUACUUGUUCUAUGGGAGCUCCGAGGUGGUUGAAAUGGUUAGAAGGUCCAUUACCUACUGAAGCUUCUCCGAAGCAUCCUCUACCGAGAUCGUUAACUCCUCAGCCGGAGCAGAAGUCGAGCCCACGGUACAGUUUCGGCUUAGAUGGUAGAGAUAUUCCCACACCAAAGUCAACAAAAUCAACAGCAUUCUCAAAUGCAAAGCCAGCACGGUCACCACGUCGAUUGAGAACCCCUCAAACAGCAAGGUCAAACAUGUCCAACGAUUCGAGAUCACGAGGCAACCGAGCUUUCUCUCCUUUCGAUAUGAGGUUAAAGGAUGAUGACAGCCUUGUAAGCUGCCCUCCAUACAUGGCACCACACUAUAUGACUCCUACGGUUUCGACCAAAUCAAAAGUACGAGCUCGUAGCAACCCAAGGGAGAGGUUUCCAGGUACGCCAACAAGCGAAUCAUCUAGCAGGAGGCAGUCGUUUCCGAUGAGUCAAGGUGCUGGAUCAUUUAGGAACAGAGGUUUGAUGUCGUCGCCAAAGGAUCAUACAACGUUAGACGGCAACCAAUCUUUACGAUCGGUCGGGAACUUCAGCUUUGCUUCGCUACCAACUGGAGUUGGAAGGAAACCAUUUAACAGAUUUGUGUGAUUUGAUUAACCCCUCUUCUUACUGUUCUUCAUGUGUUUCUAAUGAUAAUUGAGUGUAUUUAUUACUAUUAUAUGGUUUUGUGUUGCAGAAAUACUGAUUUGUAAUAAGAAACUCAAGGUUUGGAGCUCUGCUUGGGUUU